ACCCAAAAUAUUUCAUACUAACCUAAUUCCUCACUACUUACUCCGCACAUUCUCACGUUUCUCCCACUCUCAUCCGCCGCUGUGUUCCCCUACCUUAUCUUCCUCUCUCACUUCUUUAUAUUAUUUAACCGGAUUUUAAUCUCUUUCUGCCUAAGAAGUCGAAGGAUCAAGUCCGCAUGUCCUACUUUUGGAUUGUUCUUCUUUGGGCAUUUUUAUUGAAAUAAUGUAAAGUUAAAAUGUUUGAUCCUUUUUAAAGUACUCCUCGUGAUGAAAAUUUAUCCCAAGCAAUAAUGUUAAGGAAGGCAAGUAAGUUGUUAUAUUGUUUCUAUCAGGGUUAUUCACUAUUGAGAAAUACCAUUUACUAAGUCCAAAAAAUUGUCUUCUCAUGUAUACCCACUAAGCUGAUACAUUGAAUGUUUUCAAAUUUCAUGAAACUACUUUUGAUGUUUUAAAAUGGGUGUUCAGUAAAUUUUUUAAAUAUUACACCAACUCCUCAGCUCUCCUUCCAAGUAUCCUUAUACAAUGCUUAUCCCAUAACACCAAUGAUAAAUUGCCAGUGUCAUCCACUACAUGGACUUUUAAACGGUAUCUAAUUUACAUUUAGAAAAUAUAAGUAAUUUAUAAGUACAAAAAUUUAUAAGAAAAAUAUUUAUUAAAGUGUUAAAACAUGCAAAAUAUUAUAUUUACCUCAAAACCACACCUUGGGAUUUACACACACCACAAAAGUUCAAACUGUCCUCUGGCAAUUUUUUCUUAGGGCAUCCCUUACAGGAGCUGUAAAACCAGGAACCUGAGUUUUCUAUUCCCGCAAUAGAGCAAGAAAUCCAAACACGCCCUUGCUGUAAAAAGAGAUAUGUAGGAUGUAAUGUUUGAUGAGAUAAUUAAAAUUUUCAAAAUAUGUACUUUACCUAUUUCCUUUCAAUAACUUCCUCUAUCGUUCUGAGCUUGAUUGUCAUUGGAGUACUUUGAAAUGUUAUCGUAGAGACACUCAAGGAUAGAGACUGAUUGGAAAUACAUCUUGUUGCAAUGUAUCUGGUUUGCCAAUAAGAAACAAUUCUAAAUAGUUUUUGAAAAUUGUUAUUUUUUUUCAAAGACCAAAGUAUUUUUUAAAUUACCUCUCUCUGAAGGUGUUAAUCUCUUGAAUGUUCUCAUCAAACAACAUCUUAGAAACAUCGUAGUAAGUGGAAGCCUUAAUGUUGUCUGGGAAAAUGAAAAUUGCAUAGUCAAAUUUUCAGAAUUCCAAGUAAUUAUACAGAAUUACUCUUCUACUAUAUAUAAAAAGCUGAUGGAAAAAUCAGUUCAAUUUAGCUCAUAUCCGACGGUCCAAUUUCAUUUGCCAUCUGCAAAUCUAGCUGUCAAUUCCUAAGGCCACCGUUCCAACUCCAUGUCAAAAACAUUUGCGGUUGUGCGCCUUACCCUGUUUCCGUAUGAAUUCCAUCUUCUCCGCCCAGCAUCUCUGCAUCUCUUCCAUCUCUUAGAUAAUACUCGACACACCCUAUCUCGACACCAGUCGUUUGUCGAUGAAGGUCUCAACGAGAGGCUCAUGCAAUCCAGCGAUGGCAAUUUGAUUUGGGAAUACAAAUCAUGGGGAUUGAAAUCAGGUGGAUAUCUCACAACACCGUCCGACUUCAAUUGGUAUCCUGCUCCCCUGACAACAACGGAUGCAGAUCUUUUAACCGAGAAGCGCGCCUCUGACCCAAACGCCGAUAAUAAACCCAUCGUUGGAUGAAGAAGAAGAUGGUGGAAAACCUAGCGAUAGCAACAACCUUCUCUUAAUAUUAAGGAUACCUUCGGUGUCUAGCAUCGGUGUCCAGCAUUAGAGAACUCUCUCUAAGUCGAUCUUCUUCUUUAAAAUUUUGCUUUUCUUAUGUUGAGUUUCUUAAUUUUUUUAAAGACAAUUUACUUCAAUUUCGAAAUAUUGGUUUAAGAUCUACGCUGUUUUGGUUGAAUAUUCAUACUGAUUUUUGUUCCUUAAAGUAAUUAAAUAAUUACUAUUUGUUAAAAAUUUGUUUUACAAUGAAUUUAUAUGUAAAAUAUGAACUCUACGGUCUAAUCUGUGAGCAUUGUGUGCUGAAUUUGCUAAAAAAAUCUAACCUAUGCCACCUAAUUCUUCACAAUUUUUUAUUGUUUGCAAUGCUGUUUUUAUACCUAGAGUGUAUAUGCUUGAAACAUGAAUCAACAUUGGUAUAUUUG